AUGAUGUUGUUGCUGUUUCUGGCAUUAGCUUGCCUUGUCAGUUCAAAGUCGGUCAAUAGUCAACCUGACACAGGCGAAAUCAAACCCGUGGCUGAUGGUCAGCCAUCAGACUUCUUGCUGCCAGAAACGGAUCCAGGUCAAAAUAGUUUGGGUUGGCAAGUUCAAGAAGGACAAGAUCAUCUGCAACACCAAUCCGAUAUUGUUAAUAAUCAUCAACGUAAAAGACCGGCAAACUAUAUGCAACCGUCUUUGAAUCAUAUGAAUCAACUUCAAAACUCCACGACUAUUGAUCAACUACUUCAACGUCCACAAUUCACACUUCACAAUGUUGACUAUAAGUCAUACAGUAUUAUACCUGCUAAAAUGCUUGAAAUGCUCUCAUCUAUUUCACUGUCUUCUAACGGUAAUAUAACAACUAAAUGCGAACAAGACUUUCAACUCUUAGUCGAAGCAGCUUUACGUAAUGAGCUUUGGGCAUUCAAAAUCUUGGAUGCAUGGGGUAAACCUCUGCCAUCUGGUUUACUCAAAGGAAAUACUUUGUGGUUGGGUAAUUAUGAUGAAUGUCUCGAUCCAUUAUUUCAACCUGAGAAAAAAACAUUCUUACCACAGCCGCUCGAUGGUCAAUACUGUUCUCUACGUCUACGGGGCAUCCUACCACCACAAAUCCCUGGCGCACUUACUCUUGGGAUUUGUGUACCUUCUUCAUGUAAUCGUCAAUCCAUUGUUUCAUUAGUUCAAAGUCUAUUCAAUAAAAGCAAUAUUGAUGAAGAACGUGUAUAUUGUUCGAAUGAUGAUGCCAGUAAACAGAAAGAUUUAUCACGCGGUGCGAUUUUCACAUGUGUUGUUCUCUCUCUACUUGGUCUUCUCGUAUUAGUCGGUACUAUCAUCGAUCUUGUUCGUGAUUCUUAUCUCGAAUCAGUCAGUCAUAUUGCUUCGCACAUGAGUGAACAUAAUAAAAUAUUGGCUAUUGAAAUGUCUGAGAUUAAAUCGGCGACAUUACUAGGGCAUCCACAGUCUCCUACGAACCCUAUACUCGAUACAAUUGAGCAAUUUUCAGCUGUACGUACAUUACGUCGUAUAUUUACGAUGAAAAUGGGAAACAAUCAUGAUUCAUUUGAUUUUCUCAACGGUCUCCGUGUACUUUCACUUUUCUGGGUGAUCUUUGGUCGUACAUUUGGCUAUUACGUAAACAAUGCAAGUAAUUUUAUCGAUGUGCUUGCUUCCUCUCAGAAUAUAGCAUUUCAAUUGAUUGUCAGUAGUCUCUUCAGUGUGGAUACCUUUUUUGUUGUUAGCGGUUUUUUAACAGCAAUUCUCUUUGUUCGACAAAUAACUAAAGAAAAACUUACAUUUCGUUCAUUUAUUCUUUAUUACAUUCAUCGAUAUAUUCGUCUUACACCGACCUUUAUUCUUGUCAUUCUUGUGAGCAUUAAUUUGACACCAUACUUCGGCGGUGGACCUCUCUAUCCGUCCAAACAAGGAUUUGAAAGUGAUGGUUGUAGUCAUCGUGGUUGGUGGACAUCCAUUCUUUAUAUUGCUAAUCUAUUUAAAAUCGGUGACAUGUGCUUGUCUGGUUCGUGGUACCUUCAGAAUGAUAUGCAAUUUCAUUGGAUUGCACCACUUGCUCUCAUACCAUUUGUGAUUGGUCGACAGCUCAUUGCAUUUAUUGUUGCCACUCUAUUCGUUCUCAUUGGUAUUGGGUCAGUGAUAGGUAUUCUUCUUUAUUAUCCUAAUAUAAAUCUGAACACUAUAGCAGGCCUCUUUCAAAGAGAUGGUGUUACCUACUAUACCGAAAUCUAUAUUAAACCGUGGGGUCGCAUAUCCGCGUAUGCUAUUGGUCUUCUGAUUGGUUUUAUUGUCAUCAAUACUGGUCGUUCGUAUCGUUCGAAUAUCUAUACAAAAAUAUUUGGAAGUCUUCUGGCUGUCAUACUUGGCUUAACCUGUAUCCUUGUAAUAUACCCUGAUUAUGUUCUCGUUCCAGGUCUUAGUCGAUCGGCACUUAUUGUUUAUCACACACUUUCUCGUCCAUGUUGGGCACUACUCAUUGGUUGGCUUAUCUUUUUGUGUAGUACCAAACAAGGUGGAAUAGUUAAUACGAUUCUUUCAUGGCCAAUAUGGGCUCCUCUAGCUCGUCUUAAUUAUUCGGCGUAUCUUAUCAACUCGACAAUUAUUUUGAUAACUAUGUUGAAUCAGACAAUGCCUAUAUAUGUUCAACCACAUAUGAUAGUUAACAUUUAUAUUUCAAAUUUAUUCUUCAGCUAUAUUGCAGCUAUUGUCGUUGUAAUCUUUUUUGAAACUCCAUUUUUUGUUCUCGAAAAGAAAUUGUUUUAA